AUGCACAACAAGUCUGCCACUUUCCCCUGGAGUCACCCCCAUGUUCCUCACAAACAGUACGACAAGCUCAACCUCCAACUACAGAUCCAAACUCGUAGUUUAGUGUCAGGACAAGGGGAUAGCUCCGGGAAGACUGAGAGCGAAGGCGACGUGUUGAGCACCAAGCCACCGGAUUUCUCUGUGAAACUGUACAGAUCUCUGACAGUCCCUCAAAAGAAAGAAAGAAAAGAAGAUUCAAGUCCAGCUGUACCUCCGCUUGGUGUAACAAAAAGCAGAAUCGGGGUACUUUUACCAACAUUAUUAAAUCAGAGUUACCAGAGGCGAGACGAGCCUCUGGAGUUCAUCACAUCACGCAGGCCUCCUGAUGCUCUGGAGUCUGAGCUGAUGUUUGUCAGGACAGGGAAGUAUCCUUCUGGGCCGUACAAGAACCCCAAACCACAUGACUUCAGACCGCUUGAUGAGGACCUUCCUGACAUUGUGACAACAUUUCAGAGAGACCCUGGUAACCUGAACUUAAAGUUACGGCACCUGGACGUUAUUCGGACCAUCAGAUCUGAGUCAGGCUGCUGUACAAGAGGGACCAAGACAAAGAUGGACACCUUUAAGCCUCCAGAGCCCAAAUGGGAUGCAAGGCUCGUACUGCCUCAGAUGCCCUACCCUCCAAAAUCAGCUUUCUACACUAGACACCGACGAAGACGAGGAGCGUACAGUGCUUUCUUGGACCGCGUGGAGGACAAACUUUCAAGAUCCUGGAAAAAUAAAUCAUGACACUCUUCAGAAUUACCUUUGAUUUUUUUUGAUU